GAGGAGAUCAAAAUCCUUUCCUUCUUUUCCCCUCGACGACUCGUAGAACUCGAAAAUGACUAUUAGCCGUAUGUGUUGCAGGACAUCGAUUGUGGCCAAUCCGAUUCACAGCGAUGGUUUUGUAUCGUUGAGCACCGCGCUAAAUCGUGUCAGAGUGUCUGUACCUUAUGGUUCAAGAACCAGGCCUCUCCGCAAUUCAAGGGUUAGUGGCGUGCGAGCUUCCGCUGUGGAAUCCUAUGAAGGCUCCUCUAAUUUCGUUAAUCGCAUGGAAAAAGCCUGGUUAAUCUCCAAGCAACCAAGGCCUGUUGCCUGUUCUUCUUGCAACUCAAAUGGGCAUAUUGAAUGCAAAUGGUGUGCUGGCACAGGCUUCUUUGUUCUUGGCGAUAACAUGCUUUGUCAAGUCCCUUCAAAAAGUACUAGUUGUGUCAUAUGUACUGGGAAGGGAUCAAUGCGAUGCUCAGAUUGUAAGGGAACAGGUUUUCGUGCCAAGUGGUUAGGACAGCCUCCUAUUUCCAAGUAGCAGCUUUGCUUGAUAGAGAUUGCUGUCUUUCUGAUACCGUGAAGCUUCAAGUAUCAAAGCUCAAAUAGGAAUUGUAUUAACAUUGAAUUCAUGUUGUAACAUACAUUCUGUUAGUUGUUCAAAUUUCAUAUUCUUUACAGCACAAUAAAAGUCACAUCCUGUAUUUUUUUAUAGUCGAUAGUUAACAAGUCUGUAGUUUUAGACUUAAAGUCACCUUCACAUG